AUGGUCCGACACAAGAAAGAUAAUUUCUCCUCUAGAGGCAAGAAAUAUAGCAACCCUCCCCGAAAUCGAGGUCCGCGUAACAAUUCCGAUGAUGAAUCACAACCCCGCUCCUCUCGUCCCGCUUUCAAAGCUGCAUGUUGGGAUCUCGGUCACUGCGAUCCAAAACGUUGCUCUGGGAAGAAACUGAUGAAGCUCAAUCUUAUGCGGGAGUUACAUGUUGGUCAAAAGCAUCAAGGUGUUAUUAUAUCUCCUAAUGCGAAAGCUACAAUAUCACCGGCCGAUCGCGAAAUCAUGUUGCAAUAUGGUGCGGCAGUGGUAGAAUGUUCAUGGGCUCGCACGUCAGAAGUACCUUGGGCGAAGAUAGGUGGAAAAUGUGAGAGACUGUUGCCGUAUCUCGUAGCGGCAAACUCGGUCAAUUACGGUAAACCUUGGAGGUUAAAUUGUGUGGAGGCUUUGGGAGCUGCAUUCUAUAUAUGCGGAUUUGAGGAUUGGGCGGAGCAAAUUUUAGAGCCUUUCAACUACGGUCGAUCAUUUCUGGAUAUCAAUUCUAGCCUUUUAAAACGAUAUGCAGCAUGCAAAGAUGAAGAAGAGAUAAAAAAGGCCCAGGAAGUCUGGAUGGAGAAAUUGGAGAGGGAAUAUAAAGAGAGUAGAGAGGGUGGUCCAGAUGGUGAAGAUGAUAUUUGGAAGAGUGGAAACACGAAUCAUAGAUUACCUGAAAGUUCAGAUGAUGAUGAUGAUGAAGAUGAAGAAGAUGAAGAGGGAAAAGACAGUGGUGAAGAAGUCGAUGGAAUAUAUCUCGGUAAAGAACAACCAAAAAAGAAACCACAGGUUGAUGACGAUGAGGAUGAUGAGGAUGAGGAAGAAGAUAAGGAUCCAUUUGCUAUCUCCGAUGAUGAGGAUGAUGAAGAAGAAAUGGCAGAACUCCGUCGGCGAGUCCUCGCUUCUAAACCCUUUUCAAAUCCACAGACCACAAAUCAAAAAGCAGCUCCAGAAAAGAUCUCAAGGCCUGUGCCAUUAAAAGAAGACUCUGAGGUUGAAGCGGAUUCGGAUAAUGGAGAAGAUGAUGAGUUUGAUAACAUCAUUGAUGCCACUCCUGUCACAGACAGAACUGGUAUAAUGGCAAAAGAGAAAGCCAAGGCCGUGAAUCCAACGAUUGCUAGUGCUACAUUUUCUAGGACAGUAGUUGGUGCACCUAAAAAGUGGUAG